GCCCACCGCCAUCUUUGGAACAAGGGAGGUGUGCGCCAUCAACAGCGGGCCACCGACCUCUUUCACAAAGUUUGUUUAAUUUAUAUAUCUCUGUACAAACUGCUUCGCUCGAGUAUGGCUAACCGGAACAUGCAACAAACGAACAUGCAAAGCAGCAACUCUCCUCAACCGGCAAAACGCGGGGCCGACUCCCCGGCCGUUGAGCAGCCACCGUCGAACAAAGACAGCCCAGCGCCGCCGCAGCAGCAGCAGCAGUCCCCCGCGGCCGAACAGGCGGAAGAAGACGGUGAAGGUAGUGGAGAAGGCCCGGCAGAAAUGACCCUGGAUAUAACCAGCUUUCGGAAGCCAGGUGAGAAGACGUUCACCCAGCGGUGUCGUCUGUUUGUCGGGAGUCUACCAACGGAUAUCCCCGAGGAGGAGUUUACAAACAUGUUCGCUAAAUACGGAAAAGUUAACGAGGUGUUUAUCAACAGAGACCGGGGCUUCGGCUUCGUUCGCUUGGAAACCCGGACGCUGGCAGAGAUUGCCAAAGCUGAGCUGGAUGGGACGAUUUUGAAUAAUCGACCGAUCAGGAUCCGCUUUGCUACACAUGGUGCUGCGCUCACAGUCCGCAACCUGCUGCCUGCAGUAACAAAUGAACUGCUGGAACAGGCGUUUUCUCAGUUUGGGCCGGUGGAACGGGCUAUUGUUGUGACGGAUGACCGUGGUCGCCCCACUGGGAGAGGCAUUGUAGAGUUCGCAAACAAAGCAGCUGCACGUAAAGCCCUGGAGCGCUGCACCGAGGGAGCGCUGCUGCUGACCACCACUCCUUGUCCUGCCAUUGUGGAGCCCUCAGAGCACUUUGAUGAUGAAGAUGGCCUUCCUGAAAAACUGCUGCAGAAGACUCCGAGGUUCCACAAGGAACGAGAGCAGCCACCACGUUUUGCCCAGCCGGGGACAUUUGAGUUUGAAUAUUCGUCUCGCUGGAAAGCUCUUGACGAGAUGGAGAAGCAGCAGAGAGAGCAGGUGGACAGGAACAUUAAAGAAGCCAAAGAGAAACUGGAGGCUGAGCUGGAGUCGGCCAAACACGAACAUCAGCUCAUGUUAAUGAGACAUGAUCUAAUGAGACGUCAGGAGGAGCUGAGGAGACUGGAGGAGCUUCGUAACCAGGAGCUGCAGAGACGAAAGCAGAUAGAGAUGAGGCAUGAGGAGGAGAGGAGGAGGAGAGAGGAGGAGAUGAUGAGGCACAGAGAACAGGAGGACCUGAGACGCCAGCCAGAUGGCUUCAAACCAAACUACCUGGACAAUAGGGAACAGGAAAUGAGAGUGGGUGAGCUGGGCCCUCGUGGAGCCAUUAAUAUGGGAGAUGGCUAUAACCAGGCCAAUGCGGGGCCCACUGGUAACCAGGGUCAAAUGAUGGGCAUGAGUGGAAGGGGAGGAGCCAUUGGCCCAGAGGGAACUGCAAAUAUGGGCACACCAUUGAUGCCAGAGAAUGGAGCCAUGCGAAACGAUAGAUACCCGCAGGGUGGAUCAAUGGGGGGCCGGCCAGAAGUUGAGUCCCCAAAACAACAACAACAGCAGCAGCAGCAGCCACAACAACAACAACAACAACAACAACAACAGCAGCAACAACAACAACAGCAGCAGCAGCAGCAGCCGCCAUUGGGGCCCCAAGUUGGACCAGCCCAAGGAUUCGGCAGGGGGAGUCCAGUAGGGGGCGUCUUUGAUGGGCCAAAUAACAAGCGGCGCAGAUACUAAUUUCUUAAAUGUUCUCAUGGAUCUUUGUUACUGUCCCCUGCCCAAUUUUUGUUUUUGUUUUUUUGUUUUGUUUCUACAUUGACGUAGUUGUUGACCUACUACACUCCCUGUCAGUUUUGUGUUUUCCACUGUGGGGCACUUAUUUUGUGAUUGAUAAAAUUGACGGUUAUCUACACUGUUUAUUUAAGCACACGUCUCUCCUCUGUUUUCAGAAUAAAACUUUUUUGUGGGCACAAAUAAGUUUCAUAGCAUGUGAAGAAAGGCCUUUUUACACUUUAUUAAGCUGCUUCAGGGGAGAGUUAAACUGAAGGAAAGAUUGGGCAUUGGUCAGUCAGUCUGGGAAAUGUUCAUGGCAGUAAAUCAUCUUAAUAUCUACACUGUCAUACGAUGCCUUAGUUCAUAGAUUUUGUUCUUGUUGCAUUUUGAUUUGUGGUCCUCCCUUUAAACAUACUCUUACUCUCGGCUGAUGUAGAUGUUGAAUCACACAGUGAGUGAAAGUUGCAGCUUCAGUGCAUCCUGUAUUUGAUGGCGACGAGAAAUAAAACAUUUGUAGGA